AGAGAGCGUGUGCGUCAUUUCCGGCGGAAGAUGGCGGAGCCCGAGUUGCUGUUGGAUUCUAACAUCAGGCUCUGGGUUGUGUUGCCCAUCGUCUUCAUCACUUUCUUUGUGGGCUUGAUCCGGCAUUACAUCUCCAUCCUCUUACAGAGCGACAAGAAGCUCACGGAGGAGCAGGUCUCUGACAGUCAAGUUCUGAUCAGAAGUAGAAUCCUGAGAGAAAAUGGCAGAUAUAUCCCAAAACAGUCCUUCCUCACAAGGAAAUACUAUUUUAACAACCCAGAUGAUGGAUUUUUCAAGAAGACCAAGAGAAAAGUUGUUCCACCUUCCCCCAUGACUGACCCCACAAUGGUGAUGGAUAUGAUGAAGGGCAAUGUGACCAAUGUACUUCCUAUGAUCCUUAUUGGUGGUUGGAUCAACUGGACCUUCUCUGGUUUUGUUACCACCAAAGUUCCAUUUCCUUUGACGCUGCGUUUUAAGCCUAUGUUACAGCAGGGAAUUGAGCUACUCUCACUGGAUGCUUCCUGGGUGAGCUCUGCCUCGUGGUACUUUCUGAACGUGUUUGGGCUCAGAAGCAUGUAUUCUUUACUCCUGGGACAAGAUAAUGCUGCAGACCAGUCUCGUGUUAUGCAGGAACAGAUGACAGGUGCUGCAAUGGCAAUGCCUCCUGAUACAAAUAAAGCAUUUAAGGCUGAAUGGGAAGCUUUGGAAAUCACGGAUCAUCAGUGGGCCUUGGAGGAGGUUGAAGAGGAACUCAUGGCCAAGGACCUCAAUUUUGAAGGGAUGUUCAGCAAAGAGAUUGAGACAUCAAUGUUCUGAAGCAUCUUAACCAGUGGCCCCAAUCAUAACCACCUGCUACGAUAACUUCUGUUUGUAAUAAGACUGACAUUUUCUGCUGAAGUCUUAAAGUCACUUGAAAGUAUUAGAAACAUUUGUUACUGCUUCAAGUUACACAUGCCACUAGUUUGACACUUUACUGUGAAUUCAGAAGUUCCAUGUAAAUCGGGGUCUUGUACGGAUACUAGACAAGAAUAGAUUGUGUUGUUUGUUCCAACACUUGUUGGAAUUGAAUCUCAUUCAAUCCAUAAAGAUGCAAAUUAUUUAGAAGCCCUUAGUGUCUCUGACCAAAUGUACUUGAUUCACUUUUUUGUUUAUAAAAGUAUAAAACAUAAUAUUCUCAUGGACAUAAGUGUGUUUCUUUAGGUUAAUGUUUUGCAGUAUGUUCCAUUCAGUUAGUCCUGCAUUGGUUCAGAGUUUAGAAAUGAACUGUAUUUUGUGUGUCUGUAUGUUGGCAGCUAUCAAGUUCUCUUUUUUUUCUCUUAUUAAUGCUAUAGGAAUUGGAGUAAAUAACUCAAUUUGAGUUCUUUUUCACUGGAUUGGGCGUUGAUAUCUUGGUUGCUGUAAUGAAAAAUUAAAAAUGCAGGUCACAUAAUACAAAGUUUGGCUUUUUGAAGUGGUUUGGAAACUAUUUUGUGUCUGGCAUAAAAAGCCCCAAGUAAUCUAACGUAGCCAGUUUUUAUUUCAAAAGAUCAACUAAAGAUUUCAAAGCUGGGUUUGGCUCUGCACACACAAAGAAAUUGUAUUAAACCACGAAAUGGCAACUUGUGAAAUCAAAUAGAUUAAAUACUUCCUUCAAUUUAAUUGUGCACUUUUGGUUUUCUAAUUCCUGUAAUUUCACAUCUCACUGCCAUCAUAGAAUGGUAACCUUUAGAUGACUAUUGACUGUCGUCAUGCAUAAAACGAAAUCUGUAUUUGAUGUUCAAAUGUUGAACUAAUACUUGUGAUAUUCUGAAAUCCCAUGGUUUUGUUUCAGGUUUUGCUUCAGCAAUCUAAUCAUGCUGAAGUUCUGGGCUAAGUUUUAGAGACCAUCCCCUGUGGGAAACAAUGUAAAUGGAACUCUAAAUUAGGGCACUAUGCCAUCAGCAGUAUGCUCACCCACACCCCCAUCCAGCUGCAAUUGUUGAGCAGUGAGGGAGGCAUCAGGUGUUUCACCUGCCCCAAUCCAAUUGAGGCUCUUUACUGAUCAAUUACCCUCAUCUCACAUGACUCACAUUUAAUUAGCAGCAAGACACACUGGCACACGACAUAAAACCUGCCUAGUUAAAUAUGGGUUGGCUUUUACUAGCCUGCCUGGCCGCUCGAAUUGGAUCCUUUUCACAGAUUUAACUCACUAUAUUCACCCUCUACCUCCCCUUGUUCUCCCUGGCUACAAGAAGAUCCCAGGCAUGCCUGAACACUUAAUUCUUAGUCAACUUACAACACCAGCAGUGAUCAUCAUUCCUGCUGACAUUGCCUGUGUGCAGAGCUUCUGCUUCCAAUUGGCCAGCAGUUCCGAAGCAUGACUAUGUCCACAGAUUAAGUCCUUACUAAAUAUAAAUGGCCAUUGAUUUCUGGAAAAUUAAAGCGUGGUGAAACAGAUAUAAGUAUGCUCAUGCCUAUGUUCGCAUUGAGUGGUUGGGACACCCUCUUUGGUGUUUAAUUCAGCCCCAUGUUUCAAUAGUUUGAAAUAUUCGGUUUAGUAAUAACUGUUGGGAAGCUAAUUCAUUUAAUAUGAAAAUUUCUUCUAACACAUGAAGUCACAAUACCUGCUUGGUUUGGAUGGAGAGAAAUUUGGCCGAUGUCUCUUCAACCUUCAAUCCUCUGUAACCCUACAUCGUUAAAUAAUUGGUAAGGUGUAUAUAUCUGCAAAGUCCCAAGUUUAAUUUUCAACUUUGCAAUUAGCUGAUUUCCUCCCUGAGAAGUCUUCACUUGGUCUCCUCCUACUUUGUUUGCGAGGGGGGAAAUCAUCCAGGCUUUCUGUUUUUGAUUACUACAUUGAUGGGCUUGAGCAGAUUGGUGUUCCAUCAUACAGUACAAUAGCACAUUUUUGUGAAUAAUGGGCAACAUUUUGUCAACAGUAAGAAAAUAACUCGACAAGAAAUGGAAAAAAUUAGUUAUGUUGAUAUAUUUGACUUCAAAAUUUAUUCAGCAAUUUCCAACAUGGUAGUUCUGUUCAUGGGGAAACCCCAAGCACUGGAAAUGUAUUUGAAUUAAGAUGUCAAAUUUGUACUCAUUUUUCCAAGUUUUAGUUUGCCCACUGCUCAGAUCUUGGACCAAAUCAUAAAAGUAACAUUCUCAUUGUUUCCAAAUCUAAUAUGAAGCUUGUCUAAAUUUAAAUGAAUCCAACUUUCUUUUGAAUGCCUAAAAACUUUGCUUUGUAAUCAGUUUCUGCUUCCUGGAGUGAUUUCUACCAUGCCUCAGGCAGAAGCUAUCAGGAAAACAGAACUUUGCAUUUUUGCUUUGGUAUGGCCCACAAUAAAUGUUGCAUUUAGCCUUUUUACUUUUCUGUAUUAUCACCCUUCCCUGCUUUCCUGAUGGAGAUGAUUUACCAGUUGGAUAUGGUCUUGGAGAUGCAAUUAGCUCUUGUACGUAUUCUUUACUUUUAAACCUAAAAAGUGACUAUGACAAACAUUUUGAUAAUUGAUGGAAGCAAAGUUGACUUGAAUUCCUUUACUGUCCAUAAUCCGUCCAGUUUGUCAAGAUCUUGACACUAAUGCAAAUCAUGCUUCAACAUACCUUUAUUAAGUUGGGUAAAUGCCAGCAGUUGAACCAAGGCAUUAUUAUGCAUUAUAGCUCCUGAUUGUCAGAUGCCAAUGUUCCUGCAGUCUGAGACACCUAGGCAACCUUUGUAGGCCAUAUUGUUUUAAAUAAGUCAGCUUGAUUUUAUAAAUUAAUUGCAUGUUAUUUUCAGAUUUAUUGUCUAUCAUAAAUUAAAGUCCUAUGGUUUUGUUCAUUGCUACAAUAUAAAUGAGUAAUGUUGAGAUUGAUGCAACUGGUAGCAAAAUGCACAAAGUAGUGUAUUAAUAUUCCAUUUAAAAUCUCCUUCUGUUUGUAUAGCACCUAAAUUUGAAUGAUAUCUUGCUGUAGCUGAGUUACUCGUGUAUAUCUUGUGCAGCUGUUGUGUAAAUCAGAAUGAUUUUGUACUGUCAAUAUCUACUUGCCUACCCUGUCCCAUAGAAAUUUCACAGGAGGCAUGCAAAAAGCACCACAUGGUGGUCAUCUCAACAGGUAGGUCAAAAAUGGGAUAGCUGUUUUCUCAUAGGAUGCAGUGUCAGGUUUUCUGGCUUUCUUUUGAUAUUUUCAAACCACCAAUCUGUCUCUCUGUCUCUCUUUCUCUCCUUCUGACCUAGCAGUUAGGGGCUGAGCAAGAGUAGCCCAAGUACAAACAAUUCCUCUACAAUGAAAGAUGUUAGAACUGAAAACAGCUAACACAGCAUUGUACUUCCAAAUUCAGUUUCACGUGCUUCAUUAAAGUCUUGUUGACUGUU